AUGGCACUGCUAAUUUUCUGUAUCUUGCCAAUAGUAUUAACAUGCGAUUUCCCUGAUUUGCCUCCACUAAUCUCUUAUUUAUCGCCUGCAUACGACGAAACAAAUCAUUUGGAAGCAUCAGGAAGAUUUUUAGUCCCAAAAACCUCAAUUACUUGGGAUAUAUCAGUUUCAGUUGAUUCAUGAUUUAGAAUCAAAGCAGAGCCUCUUAAUCAUGAUUUACAGCUAUCCAUUUAUCAGAAUAAUUUUAUUCUUAAGGCAACAGAAUCAGUUCAAGACGAAUUUCUCGCCAUUUCUCAAAAAUUAAAUAUUGGGAAUUAUAAAAUAACAUUUGAGUUUAUAAAUACCAUAAAUAAUGGAGAAACAGAUAGCCUCAAUGAAAACGACUGUAAGCUGCCCAAUUUAUAUUUGAACAUCGGAAUUCAUCCUUACACAAGACUAAAAGAAUUAAUCCCAGCCACUUUAAGUGACUACCAAGAAGGAUUUCCUGAUUUAUCAAAAGUGAAUGACGCAUUAAAAUCUUUAGACUUAUUUAGCGAAACUUAUUCAGAAAAUUAUAUAAAAAUUUCUGAUAUCCCCAAUGAAGAUUCUGCGUUAAAAACUUAUACUUUUCAUAAUCCAGUUAUCAAUGACGAUAUGAAAGAUAUUGGUUUUACAGGAAUCUGGAAAGUUACUUUGUCAAUCCAUCAUGAUUUCUUAACCAGUGGAGGGAUCGGAAUCCUGCUUUCUAACAAUAACAAAAAAAAGAUCACCAAUUUUUCAAAGCUCUCUUGCAUAGCUAAAGGAGACUGUUUGAUCGGAAAAAGGGUUGACAAAAAUGCAAUAACUUUAUAUACAGGGUUUAGUACUGGAGAUUUUUAUUUGACAAUAUUUUAUGCUGGCAUGACUUCAGAAGAAAAAGAAAUGCUUAAGUCAAUUGGAAAUAAAAUCCCAUUUUCGAUCCAUGCAAACUUGGAGCCGGUUCUUGAUAAAGAAGAUAGGUUUAACUGUGAGGCUGCUCAUAUUCCUCAUUCUUUGAAUUCUCCAGGUCUUCUAGACUCUAAAGGGUUUUUAAGAUAUUCUGAUAGACUUAUUGCUGAUUUUUUUUCUCCAAUUCAAUACACUGAGUUUGAAAUCAGCCAAAAAUCAGUUAUAAGGAUUGUUACUGUGGAGCCUUCAGGAAUUGAUGUAGAUAUAUUGCUGAAAGAAUUAAAUGGAAAAGAAAUCGAAAAAAGCAGCGCUACAGGAGAAAGUGAAGGGAUAUUAAAGGUGAUAAAUGAAGGAAAAUACAGAAUUGAGUAUAGGCUUGCGAAUAGUCUUAUGUCUAAUCCAAGACAUAAAUUUUGUGAAACUUUUAUGCUGGAAAUCGGAAUUUCCCCUUUUGAAGCAGUUGAAGGAUUAGUUGAGUAUCUUGGACUUAAUUCGUGCAGGGAUGACUCAGAUGAGCUGCAAAAUGAAUUUUUGAAAAUAAAUACUAUUUUAAGCUCAAAAAAUGCGAAUUUUGAGAUGAAUGCAGAUGAUAAAAAAUUUUAUAAAGUUCCUAUAAAAUCAAUAUGGAUAGGCGAAGAAGAGGUUUUUAGGGCAAAUUUUAAUAUUGAAACAACUGCUUAUUGCUAUUUUGACAUUUAUUCUGAUUUUGUUAUUAAUGAUUUCACUAUUUCGUUAGAAAAACAAAUCUCGAAGAAAAAGCGACCAGAAUUGAUAAGAGGAGAUACCUCAGAUAUGCUAAAAUUAGGGAAGCAUAAUAGAAGAUCUUUUCAAGGAGAGCUUGGGCCUGGAAUUUAUACUUUUAAAAUAUGGACUGGGCCAACUUCUAAAGAAAUAGUUUAUGGUGAAAGCGUAGUUAAAACCAAAAAAGACAGCAAUUUAAACAUUUUGCCAAAUUGUGGAGCAUUUCAGUUAAGAAUUCAUGUAUUUGCUGUAAAAGAAGAAAAAUUAAGAAAUUGGGCUUGCUAUGAAAAAGAUGCACAGCUAAUACCUUCAACUUUUAAUACUCUUGAUAAAUUAGGAGUUAAAGAUACUCCAACAGGCUUAUUGCCAGCGACUCACUCCCCCUUUAAAUUGGAACAAAAUAUCGGCAAAAUUUCUAUAUUUUAGGUACUUUAACCCUCGUUAAAUUGGAGCAAAAUUUAUUUUUCAAUAGGAAAAUUUUAUGUAUGAAAUUAAUAAUUUUUAUAAAAUUAGUUUUGAUCUAAUUUAAUUAAAAAAUGCAAGCAGAAUAUUAUUUAAACAAUUUUCAUACUGAACCGAUUACCAAUUCUCUAUAAAAAUAAAUUCAAAAUUCAAAAAUUUUUUUAUAGAAAAACUUUAUAUAAUUUGUUUUAAAAAUUAAAUUAAACCUUUUAAAUUGGAAAAAAAAAUCUUUUGUGGAGGGGGGGUCAGUAUUUUUCUUUAAAUAUAGUUGCUCCAAAUUCUAAGCAAAAUGAUAUAAGUCAUGACAUUACAUUUUACUUUGAAGCAGAAACCUUUCUUAGGGUUAUUAUUGAAAGCCAAUCGUCACCAAUGAAAAUUAGCCUUAAAAAAGGCAGCAAAAUUGAAAUUAUUGAUGAAUCAGCUACAAAGAGGCUUCCUUCUAUCUACUCAUUAAACCAAGUUUUAGAAAAGCAUCAAUUAUACACCCUAGAAAUCUCAUAUUACCCCAUUAAUUCUGAUUUUUGCCAUACUUAUAAGGAUCCCCCCCCUCAUUUGUCGAAUUUUCUAGUCUUUUUUUUAUAAGAAAUUUUUUUUUUUUCAGGACCUCAUUUGUCCAAAAAUCUAGUCAAAAAUGAUUUGUCCAAUUUUCUAGUCUUUUUUGGAUUUUUUCGAAUGCCCUAAAUUCUAGUUUUUUUUAAAGUAAAAAAACUAGAAAAUGAGACAAUUGAGGUCCUGAAAAUUUUUUUUUUCUCUAUCAAAAUUUUGACUAGAAAAUUGGACAAAUGAGGUCCAAAAAAAAUUUUUUUUUCCUAUAAAAAAAACUAGAAAAAUGGACAAAUGAUAAAAGACUAGAAAAUUGGACAAAUUAGGGGGGGGAUCCUUACAGCAUUAAUAUCUCUAAUUCCCACAGCUGAUAUCGAAAAAGGAUACCUAAAAUCGUGCACAAACCUCCUUCCAGAUGCAAAUUUUAUAACUGAAAGACUAUUGGAUACUUCCACAUUUUCUUUAUUUGGCUUUAACAAUGAAAAUGGACUAUCUUCACUGUCAAAUGAGCCUUCUUAUCAAUUUUUGCAAUCUUGCAAACCAUUGAAAAUUGAAAUCCCUUUUACGGUAACAACUGAAGCUGCUAUGAUGACUGGCCAUUUGCAAUCAAAUUUUGCACUAUCUGGAAUAAUCCUAGAACUAGCACAAGAUGACGAAAUAGUCCAUUGGGGCAGUUUCUAUGCAUCCCAUCGUUUUGAGCUUCCACCAAUACCAGUUCCUAAAGGUGAGUACACAUUGAUUAUUGAAGAAAUUGAAAAAUCUGCUAUAAAAACCUGUGCAUCAUUUUCUGCAAGUGUGAUAGCUGAGGACGUUUCUUUAUGAGAUGAUUUAGAAGCUCUUGUAAGAAAAACAGAAACUUGUGCAUACAUUGACCAGCCUCAGUCUCUGAAUCUUGUAGGUCAGCUUCAAUCAGGAAAUUUGCAUUGGCAUAAACUUUUAAAAUUAGACACAAUUCUUGAGUCCACAAGCUUUGAGUUUUCAGUUUUCCAGGACUCAAUAAUAAGAGUUUUUAUAGUCCCACAGACUGAAAUUUUAUUUACAAUCAACUUAAUUAAAAAAUCCCGACCUAUUGAAAGAUUGUUCACUGUCGAUAUUUCACAGCUUUCUGAUGGGUUACAUUCAAGAAUAAGCCCAGGAGAUUAUAUAUUAGAAAUCACAUAUUCUAGUGAAUAUGGCAUGACAUCUCAUAAGCUCUGCCCUACAUUUGAGAUGGAUUUAGAUAUAAAACUGCUUAAAGACUACAAUAAACUAGCAUCAAAAUUCAUUUGUUCUGGGACUGCUGAGUUGCCGACUGUUUUUGAUGGUAAAACAAGCAUAUCUGAGAUGUCAUAUAUGCAUAAUUCAAAGCCUCUUAACCAUUUAAUUGAGGUAAAUUUAGAUAAAGAUACUGAAAUUGAGGCAAGAAUUGCAUUUGAAAACAUCUUUUCAGGGUAUAUUUCUAUGGAAUUGCUUAAAAAUAAUGCGGUUAUUGGAAAAUCAGUUGGAAUUGAAAACUUCAGCGAGUUAUUGCUGCCGCUUCCUAAAGGGAAUUAUAAACUGCAAAUAAUUUCAUCUUAUAAUGCAGAGCUUCCAAAUGCCUGCUGGCCUUUAGAAUUAUCAAUUCAAACAGAAGAAUCUAAGCUAGAACUGCCUGUUGUAGGUGCAAUGUUGCCUGGAUCAUUAAAAUCAAAGGAUGCUGAAGCUUUUGGAGGGCCUCAAGCUAAAGAUGGAUCUAUAGAUUUUGAAGGAACGUUUAUUAUAAAAGAAAAUAUUGAUUCAGAGGUCAUGAAAAUCUAUGCACCGGAGCAUGCUACAGUUAAUAUAAAAACUGUCUCUAAUAGCCCUGACGUUAUGAUUGAAAGCGGGAUAUAUCAAGAUAAAAAUUUCAGAGAGCCUUUAGAUAUAAUAAAGCAUAGAAAAGGAUUUAAAAGCCAUUUUUAUGAAUUGCAGCCUAGAAAAGAACCAUAUUAUUUAUUGCUGACAUACACAAAAGAGCAAUCAUUUAAAAAGAGCACAACUUUUGACCUCAAAAUUGUGAUUAAUGCUAUUAAAGUGGUAGAAAAGCCACAAAAGGAAAAUAUUGAGAGCACUAAUCAAGAAAUAAAGGAAAAAGAAGUUGUGGCUGUACAAGAAAAUAAUGAAAAUAAGAUUAAAGCUACUAUUAAGAAAGCAGAAGAUAUUAAAAAUCAAAAUAAUGAUGAGCCUGAAAAUGUGAGACCAACAGAUCCUGUAGAUCCAUAUAAUAUUGAAAAAGAUUCACAAGAAAAACCUUCUGAAUGCCAUAAAAAGCUUGGGGAAAAUAAGAAAAAUGAUUUUAAUAAUGAAAGCCAGAUAGAAUCUGAAAAUAACGAUGGAAUGAAAGAUAAUUUUGCUAAAGCCAAAAAAGACCCGUUUAGUAAUAAUAUCAAAAUUAAAAGAGAUAACGAAAUAGGAUGGAGCACUUAUGUUUAUUAUAUAUUUUAUAUCACAAUUGGUUUAGCUGCUGUUUAUUUUAUUUCUCACAUGCAGAAAGCUCCUGCACCAGUGAGAUAUGAACCAAUAAAAAUGAAAAAACAGAAGCACACAGAUGAGGAUGAAGAUAUAAUAGAUCUUAGAUCUACACGAUUUGACAGUAAAACUGCAAAAAUUGAAGAUAAUUAA